GUCACCGGCUGGAACCUGGACCCGGCCAUGUUCGUGUACGGCGCGCCGAGCGGCGUGCUGCUGCGCGAGGGCAAGGGCCGCCACCGGAAGAUGUGCUUUCUGCACGACAAUGGCCACACACUCGACGCCAAGAACGCGAUCGAGAAGGCGCUCGCCGGUGCCGCCGAGAGCCAUGCGGCCGCAGCACCGGCCCGCAGCCAUUGGCGCCACAAAAACGGCAGCAAGAGGCCCGCAGCCAUGGACAUGCACGACGCGCGGCGAGCUGCGCCGUCGCCCCAGCGGGCGAGGCCGUCGCCACCGCGUCCAGUGAUGAGCACGGGCGACUGGCUCGGCCUCGAGGCGGUCGAGGCUCUCGUGAUCGCCUCCAUUGUAAUCGCGAAGGCGUGGGUGCUAGUGGCGGUCUUCCGAUGCGGUGCGCGGCGUUGAGACGAUGGCGGCCGCCUUUUUGCGCGCGCGCCGGGCCGAUCGCGAGUGCGGUCGCGUUUGCCGCGCUCGCGAUCGUCUUUGCGCGGCAGACGCUUCUUCUGCUCGGACCUGCGCCAGGCAGCCUUCUGGGCCUCGCUGGCCAUGGAAAUGAUGCCCCGCCGAGACCGUUGAUGCCCCACCCGACACCGGCCGCCGGGUUUGUGUACAGUUUGGCACACUUUGCUCGACUCUCCUAAAACACCUGAGUAUUUCUUAAACUUGAAGAUAUGC